AUGGAGAGCUGGGUCAGAGAAUGUGGACCGGAAUCCAUUUCCCAGGCGGUGGCCCCGGCGGAAGGAUUCCUCCAGAUCCAGGCAGAGAACGUGAAGCCAGAAGAGCAGGGGCCAUCAGAAGGAGCAGAGCAAGGUCCAACAGACCCUUGGCAGAGAUUAUUCUAUUGGGAGAUCAAGCAGGAGAGAGAUGGCGAUGCCGCCUUUCUGGGGCCCAGAAGGAUGUUGGAUGAAUAUUCUGGGAAUUCCAUUCAGUAUGAUGGAGCAGACACACCAUCUGUGCAGACAGAUGAGGGGCUGGUGACCUUUCAGGAUGUGUCUGUGGAUUUCUCUGAGGAGGAGUGGGCUCUGCUGGAUCCGAGCCAAAGGGCUCUGCAUGGGGAAGUCAUGGAGGAAAAUUACAGGAAUCUGGCCUCUCUCGAGAAGGAGAACAAGAGCAGUGAAGAACAGCAAAGAGGGAAAACCAAAGCACAACAGAAGUGGAUUAAGGAAUCCACUAGUUCUGAAGGUGCUGACUGCCAUGAAAUCAUAACACAAGAAGGCUUCAGAGAGAACAGAAAACUUGCUUCUCAUCGAAGAAUCCACACAGGAGAGAAGCCAUAUAACUGCUCAGAGUGUGGGAAGAGCUUCAGUCACCGUUCAGGCCUUGGUUACCAUCAAAAAAUUCAUGCAGGUAUGAAACCAUAUAUAUGCUCUGAGUGUGGAAAGAGCUUCACUUGCAAACAGCACCUUACUUCCCAUUACAGAAUCCACACAGGAGAGAAACCAUAUAAAUGUUCAGAGUGUGGUAAGAGCUUCAGAGAGAGUGGAAAACUUGCUUCUCAUAAAAGAAUCCACACAGGGGAGAAGCCAUAUAGUUGUUCAGAGUGUGGAAAGAGCUUUGGUCACCACUCAGGCCUUGCUUAUCAUCAAAGAAGGCAUACAGGGGAGAAAUCAUACAGCUGUUCAGAGUGUGGAAAGAGCUUCCGUCACAGUUCAGGUCUCGUUUAUCAUCAAAGAAUCCACACAGGGGAGAAGCCAUACUCAUGCGCUAAAUGUGGAAAAGGCUUCAUUCGGAAAGAGCACCUUACUUCCCAUCAAAGAAUUCACACAGGUGAAAAACCAUAUAAAUGCUCUGAAUGUGGAAAAGCCUUUGGCCACCGUAAAAGUCUUACUUCCCAUCAAAGCAUCCACACAGGAGAGAAGCCAUAUAAAUGCUCUGAAUGUGGAAAGGGCUUCAGUCGGAGCACAUACCUUAAUUCACACCAAAGAGCCCACAGGGCAGCAGUUGUUCAAGAAAAACAAAGAUGGGAAGUCCUCAAUGUCAUUCCAGCAUUCCUUCCUCUCUGA